CCGUGUGUGCUGGGCUCGAUUCCUGCAGCACUGAGUGUGAGUGUGCAUCGGCCGGGGUUGUGUGGUGUCUGGGUGUGGCUGAGUGUAGGUGUGUCUUGUGGUGCAGACCGUUGCAUGUGACAAAGCCCAUUGUGUGUCCAAGUGUGGCUCUGUCCACGUGGAUGGAUGUCUCUUCCUUGCUCUGCCCCAAGUUACACCCCCGCCCCUCCUUCGUCUGGGAAGGGGGGUUGGGGAGCCUCCCCCCUGCCCGGGGGCCUCCCGGGCCCCUCCCCGCCCUGCCCCGCCGUCGCCACCCUCCAGAGGGCACGGUGCUCCGCUGCGCCUCAGAGCCAGAGCCCCAGAGCCAGCAGGGCAGGCCGACGACCUGCAAGCCACGGUGGCUGCCCUUUGUGUGCUGCGAGGUGGGGGAGCCUGGGCGGGAAGCUGGCUGAGCCCCAAGACCCCGGGGGCCAUGGGCGGGGAGCUGGUGCCGGGCCUCAGGGCCCUGCGGCGGCGAAAGCGCCUGCUGGAGCAGGAGAAGUGGUUGGCGGGCUGGGCGCUGGCGCUGGCGGGAAUUGGCAUCGGCCUCAUGGUGCUGCACGCGGAGAUGCUGUGGUUCGGCGGGUGCCCGUGGGCACUUUACUUGUUCCUGGUUAAAUGGAUGAUCAGCGUUUCCACCUUCUUGCUCCUUUGCCUUAUCGUGGCCUUUCAUGCCAAGGAGGUCCAGCUGUUCAUGACGGACAACGCGCUCCAGGACUGGCGCGUGGCGCUGACCCGGCGGCAGGUGGCGCAGAUCGUGCUGGAGCUGGUGGUGUGCGGGCUGCACCCGGCGCCGCUGCGGGGCCCGCCUUGCGCGCAGGGCUUGGGGUCGCCGCGGACGGACGCGCAGUCCUGGCCCAGCUUCCUGGGCCAGGAGGAGGCGCUGCUGUCGCUGGCCAUGCUGCUUCGCCUCUACCUGGUGCCCCGCGCCGUGCUCCUGCGCAGCGGCGUCCUGCUCAACGUGUCCUACCGCAGCAUCGGCGCCCUCAACCAAGUCCGCUUCCGCCACUGGUUCGUGGCCAAGCUGUACAUGAACACGCACCCCGGCCGCCUGCUGCUCUGCCUCACGCUUGGCCUCUGGCUGACCACGGCCUGGGUGCUGUCCGUGGCUGAGAGGCAGGCUGUUAAUGCCACUGGGCACCUUUCGGACACGCUGUGGCUGAUCCCCAUCACGUUCCUGACCAUCGGUUAUGGGGAUGUGGUGCCGGGCACCAUGUGGGGCAAGAUUGUCUGCCUCUGCACUGGCGUCAUGGGUGUCUGCUGCACAGCCCUGCUGGUGGCCGUGGUGGCCCGGAAGCUGGAGUUUAACAAGGCAGAGAAGCACGUGCACAACUUCAUGAUGGACAUCCAGUACAGCAAAGAGAUGAAGGAGUCGGCAGCCCGAGUCCUGCAAGAGUCCUGGAUGUUCUACAAACACAAGCGCCGGAAGGAGUCCCGAGCCGCGCGCAGGCAUCAGCGCAGCCUGCUGGCCGCCAUCAACGAGUUCCGCCAGGUUCGGCUGAAACACCGGAAGCUGCGGGAACAAGUGAAUUCCAUGGUGGACAUCUCCAAGAUGCACAUGAUCCUGUGUGACUUGCAGUUGGGCCUGAGCACCUCACACCGGGCCCUGGAGAAGCGGAUUGACGCGCUGGCAGGCAAGCUGGACGCCCUGUCCGAGCUGCUGAGCACUGCCCUGGGGCCACGGCAGCUUCUCCAACCCUGCCAGGAGGCCACGUAGCUGGACCCAUGGAAGAGGAACCAGGCUACUUCUCCAGGGGAGAGGUCAAGAACACCCUCCCUGCCACUCCUGACCCAGCCCCUUCCAGGAAUCAAGCACCUCAAGUGCGAGGACUGAAGGGGCCCAACUUGGAGCCGGUUGACUCUCUUGCGGCUGCUGGUGGGACCACUGGCUGAAGGAGGGAGCCCUGGGCCCACCCCUGCAGCCCCUCAUAGGAAAACAGUCACCCACCCCCACACAUGCUGUCAUCAGAAAUGUUCUUCCCACGCUUCUGGCUUUCGGUUGAAGCGGGGUGCCUGGGGACCGUUGUCUCCUGGGUCCCGGGGAAGGAGGGGGCUGUGGGCCCGGAGUCCAGGGUCCUGGGGAGCCUCAGUGACCCCCGCUGGAACCGGGACCAAGGCUGGGACAGAGGCGGGAGGGGCGCCCCCUGGUGGGAGAGCAAGCAGAACACUUUUUCCAGAGCCGCAGAGAAUAUUUGUAGGGGAUCGGGGGUCCAGCCCACCAGUCUCUCUCUGCUCUUAUACUUUGUAAUAAACAUAAAACAAAGCCA